GGAAGCCUGUUAAGGAUGAGAGCUGCUUAUCUGCUGGUGCUGCUGUGCUGCAGUUUGUUGGACGGACAGUCGGUCAGUGAGAAUGACAUCACUCUGAGUCAUUAUGAAGGCAGAGAGAACCAGAUUCAGGCUGAGGAUCCCAGAACUGAACCUCCAACCACAACCUCCACCCAACAAAGCUGCCAGCCGGACCUCCACUCUGUACUGAGAGAGAUGAGCGCUAUGCUGGCAGAGCUGAAAGUUGAGCAGAGACACACGACGACUGCAGUGAACAACAUAGAGAGCAGACUGAGAGCCAGUGAGAGUCAAAUGGAGGAACUGAAGAGGAAGGUUCAAGAGGAACUGAAACACUUGAAAACCUCACUUGACAACCAAGUGGACGUCCUGAAAAUGGAAAAUCAAGCUCAAGCAGUGAAUCAGAGUGUCAUGGAGGCAAGAUUUGGGUCUGAACUGGAGGAACUGAAAAUGAAAAAUGAUGAUAUGAAAAUCUCAUUCAACAACCAAGUGGAGAACCUGAGAAAGGAAAAUAAAGAGAGAAAAGUGGCGUUUUCAGCUGGACUCUUGGCAAGUGGAUAUGGUCAUACUGGACCAUACAGCACUGACUUUCCUCUAGUCUACAAACAUGUCUUCACCAACAUCGGCAGUGCUUACAACCCAGUUACAGGAUUUUUCACUGCACCCGUGAGAGGAGUCUAUCAGUUCAGAUUCCACAUCCAUGGAGGGAGUGGAAGAUUGGUAGCAGUGGACUUACAUAUGAAUGGACAUUACAUGGCUGGAACACAUGCUUAUCAAGAUCAACACAGUGUGAGUUCCUCUAAUGGGGUCACACUGUUACUGCAGGCAGGAGAUGUCGUCUCUCUUAAGCUCAGAGCUAAUUCGUGGGUAUAUGAUAGUGGGGUUCACCAUAGCACAUUUAGUGGUCAUAUGCUUUUCUCUGUUUGAGCUUUUCAACAUCAAAUCGUUCGUGGAACAAAACUGACGAAAACAAAUUGCUAUGUAAAUGAAACAGCACU